AAUAACGCGCCAAACAUUGACACGCCAUGACCAAUCACACAAAUUGAUUAAACUUCAGUUUUACUUUAACAUAGUGCAGUGUUAAAUCCAUUUAACAAUGUGGCCAUUGUUUUCUUUCACGAUAUUCUUCACUUCUAUACUAAUGGUAUCAUCCGAGGAAUCAUCAACAUUAGCAUCUCAACCAAAAAGUACCGUACGAAGAACACCACAACGUAUUCGUGAUAGGAAAAAUUCAGACCAGUCGGGUUUGAGUUUCUAUGCCGGCAAAAUGUUAAUACCAUUCUUAGGCGCUGGGCUAAAACUCUACGGUGGUGUCAACAAGGGUACAUCUGGGGUGAAAACAAUUGCAAGUGGCACAUACGACAUGGCCGACGGAGCAUUCGACGUUGUCAAAACAAGUUUUCGGAGACUUGGCGGUGUAUUUUUUAAAGAAAAAUAAUCACUAAAAUAAACUAAGAAUAAAGUAAUUGUAACAAAA